AAAAGUAACUAAAAUUCUUAUUGAAACCUAUCUCCUUGUUAAUUAAGCAUUAAAAGUUACUUCAAGGUUGUCAAAAGGUGUGUCAAGAAUUAGGAACUUUGUUAGGUUAGGUUAAUUAACCUAUUAAAAAAAUAUUCAUUGAUGGACAUGUAGAUCAGAAUUGAUUUUGUAUAACGGUGUUAUUAGUAAUUUAUUAAUGCAUAUGCUGUUGGUGUGUCAUUAAAUAAAUGAAUACGUGGAUCGCGAUCCAGUCAGCUUUGGACACCACUGUGUUAGAACAAUGAAAUUAAAUAAGAUUUUACUUUCAAAUCGUCACUACUUUGUAAAAUAAGUCGUCACAUUAAAUACAGAAGCACGCAUAUAUUACGUCCAGUAGGCUAGUUUCAAUUGACCACAAUGUCGUUUGUAAUCCUCGCCGCGUUUGCUGUCAUUAAAUAUUUAUUUUAUGUUUUGUUGGCUUUAGUAGGAUUAUCUUUGACAAUUAUAGUGGGUUUGAGACUAUGGAUGGAACCAAUAAAAGGUGUUUGCCAAUCAAAGGCAAAGCUAAACGGGAAGACAGCACUAGUUACUGGAGGAAACGCUGGCAUCGGACUCGAAACUGCCAGAGAUCUUGCCAGACGGGGGGCCAAAGUUAUUAUCGCCAGCAGAGAUGGAAAAAAAUCAAUGGACGCCGUCCAAGAUAUUAUCAAGACAACUGGAAACACCGACGUGGAGUAUCUACAGUUGGAUCUCACUGAAUUUAACAACAUUAGAAAAUUUGCUGAAGUUUUUAACAGAAACUACGAGCGUCUGGACAUUUUGGUGAAUAACGCGGGCUGUGCGGGUCUCAAAAACCGGCUUACAGAAGACGGCAUCGACAUUGUAAUGCAAGUCAACUAUUUCGGACCAUUUCUCCUCACUAAUCUGUUGUUACCCAAGCUAAUAUCUUCAAAACCGAGUCGCAUAGUGAUACUGACGUCAUUAUUUCAUGGUUUUGGAAAAAUCUCUAUGGAAAAUUUUGAUGGAGCUGGUACAAACCGUCAGUUGCAGACAUAUGCUAACAGUAAAUUGUGUGACGUUCUCUGGACACGGGCGUUGGCAAAACGUCUUCCCUCAGGAGUGACGGUCAACUGCUUGCAUCCAGGUGCAGUAAAGACUGAUAUAUUUAGAAGACUAAAGCCCUGGUUAAGGAGUAUACUGCAUUUUAUGCUUACAGUGUUCUUUAAAACAGCAAAAGAGGGUGCGCAGACUUCAAUACAUUUGUGUGUGUCGGAGAAAUUAGACAACGUUUCGGGAAAGUAUUUUGUUGAUUGCAAACAAUGUGAUGUUGCCAAUUUGGCGCGUAAUGACAAUUUAGUAGAAGGAGUUUGGAACAAAAGUAUGUUUUUAACAAAGAGUCCUGUACUACCAUUAUAAGUAAGAUGGUCAAAUAAAGCAUUCAAGCUUUACAAGCUUGUAAAGAAAUAUUA